UAGUCUAGAAUUUUGACUAAAUUAACCGUAUUUUCUAAUUAUUAAGUGAUAUUGAUAUAUUUUUAACAUUAUAAACUUGUUAUCAUGAAGUAUUUCUGUCACGACUAAAACAUCUUAAACAAUGCGAAAAAUGCAGUUGUCCAUACUACUAAGCGUCCAGUUUCAAUUGAAUAUUAUUAAACUGGUUGUGAUCGGUGAUCGUUUCACUGAUCGAUAGUCAAGCCAAAUUCCAUGGGAAUAAUAUAUCAGCUCGUGGCGUAAUAUUUCAGUCAAUUCAAAAGCAUGAAGAUAAAGUUUUUCGUGGUUUAUAACAUCCAGAUAAAAUUCAAAAGCUAUCGAUACUUAAAUCACUUGCUCAAUCAUAACAAACUACCACACCUCUAACCAUCUUCAGAUUACGAGAGUUAGUUUUUGUUCGUUAAUCAAACCGUAUCAGAUAUCUGAAAAUUGUUUAAUGGGCAAUCUGGUUAUAACUAGUAACAGAGAUUAUGUGAAAUCCAACUAAAUUCCAUGUUAUCAAAAAGGGAAGCAAGAUUUUUCCAUCACAUAUUCAGCAUUCAAAAUGAAACAUUGAUGAUGUAUCAACUCAGCUCAUCAUUAUGGUUAAAUUGGGAAAAAUUUACUGUCAAGCUAUUAAAUGUUUAGGUUUGGAGUAGAAACGAAAGAUUUUUGAAUUACAAUUAGAUCAGAAAGAGAUUAAUCGAGCAUGAACAAUUACUAAUAAGUCGAAUCAAGGUAUUGAAACAAAACAUCAUACGAUGAGUGCUGAUAUGGUCCGUUUAGAGAAAACAAACAUAAAAAUAUUUAUGACGAGGAUCUUGUGUUUUUUCAUCAUCCUACGAUCAGGAGUUUCCCAUCAAGCUAACAGCCUUGAUGAUUAGAAUAGAUUAAAAUCAACAGCUUAUUUAUUGUAUCAAAUUGUUUCAGGAGAUGAUUCAGCUGACUGUAAGAAGUAACAUUACACAAGACUCGAACCAAAAAAAAGUGUUGCUCCAAAACAUUGACAGUUGAUAGGAGGAGUCAAAAACAGCUUAUCUCAUUCUCCUCCAAUCAGAAUGGAAUCACCUGAUGUUGUUAUUAUCUUGUUUGUGCCACAAAAUGAAAAAAAGAUACACUAAAAGUCAAUUUUUAUUUCCUAACUGUUUAUUAUUUAAUUGUUGUUCUUGUUGCUAUUUUAAUUUGUGAUUAAAUAUAAUGAAAGCUGGAAAAUUGGUCUCUAGUGGACUGAUUCUUCGUGAAUUACUUAGAAAUUCAUCUACUCGGUUAACUUUACCCUGGGAAAAACUUGUGAAACGUUUGGUCAAAUCUGAAAAUUGGGCUAACGAAAAUUCUGAAAGCAGAUCUAUCUCUUUUAACAUAUCUGAUACUUUGAGUGAAAAAAGUAAAAAUAGUUUAAAAGAUGAACCUCCUGGAUCUUCAACUAGUGAAUCGGAUGAGUCACAAUCUUCAUCUUCUAAUGAAGUUCUACACAAUCAGUUCAUUGAAUGGAUGAAAAGUGAAGGCUCAUCUACUACACCAUCAUCAUUACCAUCACAGUCACCAUCAGAGGAUAGUUCUGGAAACCCUAACUCUACUCCAACUCAUGUCUCUUUGCCUAGAUUAAGUCGUAACUCUGUGACCAGUAAAGCUCGUCAUUUAAUAGUCAGCUUAGCUCAAGCCAAAACACCAGUUAGUCAAGCCAUUCAGCUUCAAGAGCUUUGUCGUCAUCUCAUUAAUUAUCCUGAAGCAUGCGGCUUCAGCCUUCAAGAAGGAGCUCUCAUGUGCAUUACCAAAUUAGCAAAGGAAACCAAAGAUAGCAAAGUAAAAGCAUAUUCUCGUCAAGCCUUAGCCCUUCUAGGAUACGCUGCUCCUCCAAAAGGUCGGGGAAUCCGAAUUUUAAGUAUUGAUGGUGGAGGAACCAAAGGUAUUGUGAUGAUUGAGAUUUUGCGACAACUUGAAAAAGUAACUGGCAAACCAAUUCAUCAAUUAUUUGAUCUGAUUUGUGGUGUUAGCACUGGAGCUAUUUUAGCAAUGUUAUUAGGAGCUUUACAAACUAACAUUGAUGAAUGUAUUCGUUUGUAUCAAAAAUGUUCUGAACAAAUGUUUCAAAAGGAUACUCUUCGAGGCGCUGGGCGUCUUCUUUGGACCCAUGCAUAUUACGAUACUGCUGUUUGGGAAAAAAUAUUACGUUCUGUUUAUCCGGAGAAAGCUUUAAUUGAAACAACUCAGAAAGAAAAUAUGCCUAAAAUUGUUACCGUCUCAGCUUUAAUCAACACCCCGACCAUCCAACCAUUUGUUUUUCGCAAUUAUAACCAUUCUGAUAAAUCUCUAAGCUAUUAUGAAGGAUCUUGUAAAUAUGCUAUUUGGCAAGCAAUCAGAGCCUCAGCUGCUGCGCCUGGUUAUUUUGAAGAAUUUUUAUUAGACAAUUAUGUUCACCAAGAUGGCGGGGUUUUAUUGAACAAUCCAACUCCAGUUGCUAUUCAUGAAGCACAACUUCUGUGGCCUAACGAGGAUAUUCAUGUUUGCGUUUCCAUUGGAAGUGGUAAAUAUUCACCAUUGAAUUUAAAGAAAGAGGAGAAAGUUGCUUUAACAAGCUUGAGAACAAAAAUAAGUAGAGUCAUUGAUUCAGCUACUGACACAGAAGGACCUCAUCGAUUAUUACAAGAUCUUCUGAAACCUGGAACUUAUUUCCGCUUCAACCCAGCCUUGUCUCAAUGGUAUUCACUUGACGAGCACAGACCUGAAAAAUUAUCACAAAUGCAAACCGAUGCUGCCAUGUAUUUACGGAAAAACGAGUACAAACUGAACAAGGCUGCGAAAGCACUUGUUGAAAAAAGGUCUACAUUUCAGUCGGUCAUGGAUCAGAUGCGUUAUGAUCUCAGAGAUUAAUAUUUAUGGUGACCUCGUCCUUUUAGUUAUACAUUUUAGUUUAAUGUAAUUAUAUUGUUAAUUUAACGUAAAUAUAUGCAUGUAAAUAUGUUAAGAUACUUUUAAUGAACAAUCUUUAUAAAUUUACAGUUUCAACUUAACUUGCUAAAAAAUCUUAUGAUUAUAAGAUAUCAGUCAAUAAUAAUAAAUUUACAAUAAAUGUACAAUAUUUUCAAAGUUUCGGCAACCUCGAUAAUACAAAACUUAAAAAAUUAAAAUAUUCA